GCUACAAUCGAUAAUCCAUUUGGCGGACUUAUCAAAUCCGACAAAACCGAUUGAUUUGUACAGUGUUUGGGUAGAAAGGAUAAUGGAGGAAUACUGGAGGCAGGGUGACAGGGAACGUGAUCUGGGUUUGGACAUCUCCCCAAUGUGCGACCGAAAUAAUAUUACAAUCGAGAAGUCUCAGGUUGGCUUCAUCGACUACAUUGUACAUCCUUUGUUCGAAACAUGGGCCGAUCUCGUGAAUCCGCAUGCUCAGUGUAUCCUCGAUCAGCUCGAAUUCAAUCGAGAAUGGUACGUCCAUGGGUGUAAAAUAUUUAGCGGGUUAGCAGCUCCUACCUUCUCUGCUUCAGAAGUCGAACCUUUUUGUUCUUAG